AUGAACAAGAUCUUCCCCCAGGUAGAGGUCAACGGCAAUGCUGCUGCUGGAAACAAAGUCCUUCCUGGAAAAGAGGGCUGCGCCCCCUCCUGCUGCUCUCGCCACGGGGCCUGCCUCUCGGCCUUUGUGCUGCUCCUGCUGGCAACUCUUGCAGCCCUGAUUGCCUUGGUCGCCAUCUUUGGACCCCCACCGCGUACACCAGUGGCCCAGGCCUGUGUGACACUGACGAACAGGACAGGCUUCCUGUGCCGUGACCAGAGGAGCUGCAUUUCGGCCAGCAGUGUCUGUGAUGGCAUCCGCACCUGUCCCCACGGCGAGGAUGAGGAUGAGGCCUUGUGCCGGGAUGUGCCCCAGAGCCUCCCCAGAUUCCUUGUGGCCCGCUGUGGAGACCCAGCAUCCUGGAUCUACUCAGACCAAAGGUGUGACGGAACCAACAACUGUGGGGACUGCUCGGAUGAACAGAUCCCAGUGACUGCAUGCCCACCCUGUGGCCCUGGGUGGUGGCGCUGCUCCUCAACUGUCUUCAAGUAUUGUGGCUGUAUCCCAAGGAGGCUUUGCCGGGACCACGUGCAGCACUGCUUUGACUGGUCUGAUGAGUACUCCUGUCCUGGACACUAA